UCAUUGUCUCAAACCUCAACCUUUUCUCUUCCCCGUUUUCCUAAAACUCUGCGCUUUAUGUCUGAUUAUACCUUCUAAAGUGAAACCUUUCUCCCGAAAAACCUUGGUAGCAUCUAACUUUUUCCUUCUUUUUCUCUGCCCCACCUUUCAAAUUAAUCAUGUCAAAAACAGAAAUAAUGAACCAGCUUCUGUGUUCAUAAGAGCUGGUUAUGACCAAAAGUGAGAGUUGUACUAUGCACAUUCAGCUGCAUGUCGUGACAUGACAGAGUCCAAAGUUGAAUCCAACUACAUCAGAGAAUUUUAAGAGUAGAGAUAUCAUGUAUGUAUAACUCUUUCCCACCACACAACAUAGUUACUGUCUCAAAGGACACACACGCACACACCCUUCACCUUUCUCUCUCUCUCUCUCUCUCUCUCUCUCUCUCUCUCUCUCUCUCUCUCUCUCUCUCUCUCUCUCUCUCUCUCUCUCCCCAUUAAAGUUUGAGGUAAACCAAAUCAAUAGACACAACACAACAUGGCCUCCAUUAUCAUCCUCCUCCAUCUUCCUCCUCUUACAAUUACCAUUUUAACUGUUUUUCUCAAAAUCCAAACAACCUAUUCCUCACCCCAAGCCCCUCUCAUAUUGCCUCUAAUAUCCCAGACACUCCCACAUGGGUUUGUUUCUGUUCCAACUCCUUCUUCACGUAAGCUCUCAUUCCACCACAACGUCACCUUAACCGUUUCACUCACCGUAGGCACGCCCCCACAGACCGUUACCAUGGUCCUCGACACAGGCAGCGAACUCUCCUGGCUCCACUGCAAGAAAAACCAAAACAUUAACUCAAUCUUCAACCCGCAACUCUCUUCCUCCUACACCCCUACACCCUGCACCUCAACCGUUUGCACCACCCGGACCCGAGAUUUCCCCAUACCCGUUUCCUGUGACCCGAGAAAGCUCUGCCACGCCACCGUCUCCUACGCUGACCUCACCUCCAUAGAGGGGAACCUCGCCACCGACACGUUCUCCAUAUCCGGUUCGGGUCAACCGGGGAUUAUUUUCGGGUGCAUGGACUCCGGGUUCAGCUCCAACGCCAAGGAAGAUUCCAAGACAACCGGGUUGAUGGGUAUGAACCGCGGGUCGCUCUCGUUUGUGACGCAAAUGGGGUUUCCGAAAUUCUCGUACUGCAUCUCCGGCCACGACGCCUCCGGCGUGUUACUCUUCGGCGAUGCGAAACUGACGUGGCUGGGCCCUUUGAAGUACACGCCGCUGGUGAAGAUGAAUACCCCAUUACCCUACUUCGACCGGGUCGCGUACACGGUUCGUUUGAUGGGUAUUCGGGUCGGUUCAAAACCAUUGCAGGUGCCCAAGUCAAUUUUCGCGCCGGACCAUACCGGGGCGGGACAGACAAUGGUGGAUUCGGGUACCCAAUUCACUUUCCUUCUCGGGUCGGUUUACACUGCUCUAAAGAACGAGUUUUUGGAACAGACGAAAGGGGUGCUGACCCUUUUGGAGGAUCCAAAUUUUGUGUUUGAAGGGGCGAUGGAUUUGUGUUUUCGGGUAAGAGGGGGUGUUGUGCCGACGGUUCCCGCCGUGACAAUGGUGUUUGAGGGGGCGGAGAUGGGUGUGUCCGGGGAGAGGCUAUUGUAUCGAGUGGGUGAUGACGUGGCAAAGGGAAAAGAUGUGUAUUGUUUCACGUUUGGGAAUUCAGAUUUGUUGGGAAUUGAGGCUUAUGUGAUUGGGCACCAUCAUCAGCAGAACGUGUGGAUGGAGUUUGACUUGGUCAACUCAAGAGUUGGAUUUGCUGACACAAGGUGUGAACUUGCGAGUCGAAGACUUGGCAUGGGUCCUUAGUUUGAUUAGAUUUGGGUGUGCUGUGCCCUACCAUUGCCAGAUUAGUCUUCUCGAUUGGUCGUGGAUUUGGUCGAGAACCACCUUAUUUUUUUGUACACAACUGUUGUAUCUUUUUCAUAAUAGAUAAUUCUAUUAUUUUUUCAAAGUUA